UUAUCAAUUAUCAUAACAAACAAAAAUCCUCUCAGCUGAUAUUUCCGUGCGCGAUAGAUCAGAUAAUACCACAAAAAUUUCAAAUCAAAAUUAAAUUGAGUGUCGCACGGUCUGCAGUGUUCACUGUUUAAUCUCUGAUCAUCUUUUUCAUCUGCACUACCAUCGUUAAAAUGAAUCGUUUGUUCGGAUCUUCGAAGGAGAAGGCGCCCCCUCCAAACAUGCAUGAUGUCAUCUCAAAUGUUGACAGCCGAGCAUCAAGUCUUGAACAAAAAAUUAGCAAACUUGAAGUAGAGUUGAAGAAGUUCAAGGAUCAAAUGGUCAAAAUGCGAGAAGGUCCUGCAAAGAAUAUGGUGAAGCAGAAAGCCUUAAGAGUUCUGAAACAAAAAAGAAUGUUUGAAACUCAGUUAGAAAAUUUACAAAAUCAGUCAUUUAACAUGGAGCAAGCUAAUUUUGCAGUCCAGUCCCUGAAAGACACUCAAUCUACUGUAGUUGCUAUGAAAAGUGGAAUGAAUCAAAUGAGGAAAGAAUUUAAGAAAAUCAACAUCGAUCAAAUAGAGGACUUACAAGAUGAUCUCGCAGAUCUUUUGGAACAAUCAGAUACCAUCCAGGAAACUUUAGGACGCAAUUAUAACACGCCAGAAAUAGAUGAUGAUGAGCUAGCUGCUGAGCUGGAUGCAUUAGGAGAUGAAAUUGCUCUUGAUGAUGACACCUCCUAUCUUGACGAAGUCAAAACACCUGCCGCACCUCGCACUGAUCCUGGACCUGCGGAAGUUACCAAUAAGGAUGGAGUUCAAGUUGAUGAGUUCGGUCUCCCCAAGAUUCCAGCCUCUCAGUUCCACUCGUAACGGAAAAUCCAAGAUUCUUUAUUUCUUCUUGUCGCAACUGUUCUCCUCAGAAUGCAUCUGACUUAAUUACAGGUCAUCUUUGUACAAUUGUGGUAAGUAGGUGUAUGAGAAGCCCUAAGUUACUUUUAUAAAUACCAGCUCUGCAACCAAAAUCGUAUCUUACAUUUUCUGUACGCUUUUUUUUAUGAUGUAAUGUAUUUGAAGAAAGGAGAGGCAAACAGCCCAUAAAACGGUCUUAGGUCAAUUUUGAUGAAAUCUAAUCAUAUUACUUUCCUUAUCACCUUGAACGAAAGUCUAGCGCUGGGAGAUAGCACGCGCUAUUUCUAAGUUAUUUAUCUCCGAAUCAGCAAAAUUUAGCUGACUCUCUACUUGAGUUAGGUUUUGCUUUAGGUAAAAUCAUCGGAAUUUUUUUAUUCUAUCAUGUGGUCUUUUCACCACAUGAAGCAUCUCACUUAUUUUGUGCUGCAAAUAUUUCUUUAAGAGAACAACUUCAACCUGUCUGUCCUGUGUUUUCUUGUUGCCACCUUGAAACCCUUGAAAAUACUCUGCUUUAGUUCUCUCCACUACAUAUCUAUCCUCCAAUCCCAUGAUGUUUGACUGGUAUGAGACCAGACUUUUUUGAUUUUUCAGAGGCAAAUAUCUGGAAAUACGUAGGCAGAAAAUUUACAAUCGCUCAGCAGAACUAUGGUUCAGGAUAGUAAGGAGAGUAACAUUAAGUUUCAUCAAAGUUGGAAGUAGGUAUAAGGGGUUUAUACUGCUACUAGCACUUGCUAUACUGCUUGUGAAACAGUAAGAUUUCAGGGAAGAAAACAGAGUCCAGUUGAGGUCACGCUGAAAUGAGAGGAAAAAAUUGGUAGUGAAUAGUUAGGAAGAGCAGCGUUUCUUAUCAAAAUUUAUGAAAAAUACCAAUUAAACUUUCUUGAUUUCCUUUUUGUAAAAUAUUUUAUUUUAACAAUUUGUAUCAAGAUGAAAGAGGAUUAAGGAAGUUUCCUCUCAUGUUUCUGGCUAUUUACUUUCACCCCUCACAAAUUCAUUUGUUUCUUGAACAUUCCAAAUUCUUGAACGUUUUGAAAUUUUGCCAGAGAAUGUAUCCUCCAACUUGGCUUUGGUAUGUAUAAGAAAACUGGAGUCAUGUUACUCCGAAUUCUAUUUUGUAUCCGUCUUUCGAUCAUAAAUGUUGUUCAACGAAAUUUCAGAUUUUAAAUUGAUUUCAAAAAUUUAAAGUCUUAAGACUCAUGUAACCAAAACUAUUACCUAUGCUUGCUGAAAUGCCAAAGUUGUGCAUCCAUAGCUAAUUUUCUUGCAUGGAAGAAAACAGACACCCCAACUUUAACCGCACAAAAAAUGCUUUUUCCUUUUGAGAAUGAAAUGUUUUAAGACUUUUUGCCUAUAAAUAUAAAUCCCCAGUUUUGCUGAAAUGAAUGGAGAUAGAAAAUUCCAGCAUUGUAGCAAUAGAGUCGACUAGUUUAAAUUGCAUAUGCCACCUAUUUUGAGGAGAAACAUUAUUUUUUUAACCUCUUAAGAAUCAACGUUUGUAAUUACUUUUCUAUUUUAAUAUUUUGCUUACUUUUUGCUCAGUUCAAAAGUGAUUAAAGUAAAGUUGUGCUUCAAUGUAUGGAUGUUUCGACAAAAUGUGCUAAGUCAGUUUGAAACACCAGACAGUAUCAGUAUCAACUUUAUAUAACUAAAAGUAGAAGUUUCUCUCUAAUAUUUUCAUUUUGUUUUUGAAAUACCUAUAUAAUUUUUUAUCAGUGGGAAAAAUUUCUUUUGCAAUUCUCUUCCAAGCUUUUAGUAGCUAGCUCGUAAUAUUAACGUAUGGAAAGAAGAACAAAUUCAAUUUGUUCUCAAUAAAUUUGUAAAAUAAAAUAUAUAACUGUUAA